CAUAUCGCCGUUUGGGUGCUGAGUACGCAACUCUCUACCAAUCCUACCUACUACGUCUCCAUCUGCAUCUUGGACGGCUUUCCACUUCCUCAUGUCGCUUCUGCAGUCUCCUGCCCUCUCUCUCUCCUCUUCAAAUACAAGACUCUGCUUCCCUCACCCAACGCUCGGGUUUCCUUUCCGUCAGUGUCACUAUCCCCUUCUAGCGCGGUCGCCUCCACACCCCCCGGCUUGGCCGCCGUAUCGACCAUCGUAUCCCCCGUGGUCUCUCUCUUCUCUCUGUCUCUCUCUCUCUUCCUCUGCUUGGGUUCAAUUUCCCGUCAACCAGCUGUUGGUCAUGGUUAUUGACACACUUGCGCCCCCCGUGUGGGCCUCGUCGUCCCAUUCGAUCCGAGGCAUUGACAUUUGCGGCCAAGUACGGCAAAGUUGCCAGGAACCGUCAUUUCCUCCAAGCCAUUUCCAAGCCCAUCCGUCCCUCGGCCUGUUGUUCCGUGACCCUCUUGUCUUUGUCUGCUUCUCCGCGCUGUCUGUGUUUCUGGUACCUUGCAUUGGUUCAUCCGCAGUCCCGAACCCUCUGCCCAGUGCCGUCAGAAGGUACGGAGUACGGAACAUUAUUGAGUACACUACCCGUACUACGGAGGAGUAUGUGCGAAUAUAGAUACACAUCCAACACUUGUGACUGCUAAGAGUUUGCCUAGUAUACCGUAGACUGUCCCUAGUCACCUAGUCCACCACACUCUCUCGGUUUUUUUUUCCCUCUGCUGAUCGACCCUCGUGUUCACAGCGUGAGUCUCGUUUUGACGCGCUUGGCCCCUCUUCUUUCACUGUCAACCGAUCAACCGACUCCACGUCCUACUCUAGUCACUCGUCUAAUCUACCCGGGCUUCCCACCCCUUUUUUUCUCUUGCAAGCUCCCAGAGCCAGUCACUCGUUGCCACUCCAUUCUCCAUUGAAGGGUUCCCCGUCCAUUCGUUCAUCGGUCCUGUCCCUCUUACAUCCCAAAGGUCUAUAUCGUUGUGUGUGCGCCGCAAAUCCUCUCCGACCCUAUCCAUUCCUUUCAUCACGCUCGCACCCAAGCGCAAAACCAAUCGUUAAUUCAACGCCCAUACGCGGCGCAGUCGUUCGUUCAAACAGACAUCAUCAGUCAAAAUCAUCACCAUGCGUACCUCAACACUUGCGUGGGCCGCCGUCACGGCCCUCUCUGCUCUCGUCGAGGCUGCCGACCUCGAGGCGUGGAAGUCCAGAUCCAUCUACCAGGUCAUGAUCGAUCGUUACGCUCAUACCGAUGGCUCAACCGACCACGAGUGUGAGCUUUACAAGUUCUGUGGUGGCACAUGGGCCGGCUUGACCAACAAGCUCGACUACAUCCAAAACAUGGGCUUCACUGCUAUCCAGAUCAGCCCCAUUGUCAAGAACAUGGACGAUGACACCGCCGUCGGUGAGGCUUACCACGGUUACUGGUCUCUCGAUAACUACGCCCUCAACGAUAAGUUCGGUACCUCGGACGACUUCAAGAACCUGGUCAAGGAGAUGCACAACCGUGACAUGUACCUCAUGGUCGAUGUCGUCGUCAACAACAUGGUCCAGAAGCUCGACAGCCUGCCCCCCAAGCUCGACUACUCCAAGUUCAACCCCUUCAACGAGGAGUCCGACUUCCACCCUUACUGCAACGUCACCGAGUGGGACAACAGCACCAACUACCAGGACUGCUGGCUCUACCCCUACGGCGUUGCCCUCGCCGAUCUGGCCACCGAGAAGACCACCGUCGUCGAUGAGUUUGGCAAGUGGAUCAAGGAACUCGUCUCCAACUACUCUAUCGAUGGUCUCCGUAUCGAUGCGGCCAAGCACGUCAACGAUGCCUUCCUGCCUACCUUUGUCAACGCCUCUGGCGUCUUCGCCUUCGGUGAGGUCCUGACCGGAGCCCCCGCCGACUUCUGCCGCUACCAGACCCUGAACCUGCUGCCCGGCAUGCCCAACUACAUCGAGUACUACCCCCUCAACAAGGUCUUCUUCGGUGGUGACAUGAACGAGCUCGCCGACUGGCGCUCCCAGGCCCGCGAUGGCUGCACCGACAUCUUCGCCCUCGGAUCUUUCGUCGAGAACCACGACAUGCCCCGUUUCGCCGUCUAUGAUGAGGAUAUCGAGCUUGCCAAGAACGCCAUGGCUUACAUCCUUUUGACUGACGGUAUCCCCACCGUCUACCAGGGACAGGAGCAGCACUUCAACGGUAACUCGACUCCCUUCAACCGUGAGCCCCUCUGGCAAUCCAAGUACGACACCACCGCGCCCAUCUACCAGCUCACCUCUACCCUCCUCAAGACCCGUAACGCCCUCCAGGCCACCAACAAGGACUUCGCCACCACGGCCUCUGAGCAGCUCUUCGUCGAGAACACCCACCUGUGCCUCCGCAAGGGCCCCGCGGGCGCCCAGGUCGUCUUCUGCGUCACCAACAAGAGCUCCAAGGGCGACACCUACCAGCUCAGCGUUGGCGGCUUCAACCCCGGUGAUGCGGUCGUCGAGGUCACCACCUGCGGCACCAGCACCGCCGACGGCACCGGCAACGUCACUCUGUACAUGGAGAAGGGCCAGCCCCGUGCCGUCGUUCUUGCGUCCUCCAUCGACGCCACCAAGAUCUGCCCCAAUGGCACCACUGCCGCUGGCCAGAGCAAGAGCGCCGCCGGCUUCAUCGGCAGCAGCAUGACCCUGGUCCUGGCUUCCGUCAUGGCCGUUUCUUUUGCGCUCCUCGCAUAAGCCACCCACCAUUGGUUAUGAAAUGUGAGACAUUGACAAAAAAAGGGCAAAAAUCAGCAGAGAAGAAAAAUAGGGCGCGACUCGGGCGGGUGUACUGCAAGCCAGACACAUGUUUUCUUCUUCACAUCGUCGAGUCUUUUUUUUCGCAAGCAAGCGGAGUUUGGAUAAUUCAAUGGCGGCUAUCAUGACGCAGACUAUCAUCUCUUAUCAGUGUAAUUAUCCUCCCCCACCCCCGGGCCGCAUGUUCCAAACGAAGCUCUCACGUGGUCUGGUGAGUAAUGCUAUUCCAUCCUUUUACAAUGUAUCUUGGUUUUAUUUUUCUUGCAUUUGUUCAUAGUGAUACCAGACCAAUCUUUUCGGAAAU